AUUAAACAAAAGAUUGCGUAAAUAAACAAUAAACUGAAUUUUUUAUAAUAGUUUAUUAAUUUAUUAUUGAUUCGAAAAUUUACAAUGGCAUCUGAUGAUCCUACUCUUCCAUAUCCGCAUCCUCAGGUAUCUCCGGAACCGCACUUUAUUUCUGGAUAUACGGGAUUUUGUCCACAAAAGAAAUAUCAAUUUGGAAAAACUUCUCAUCAAGCUACAAAUGAAUUACUAUCUACUUAUUAUAGUAAAGUAGCACCAAGGCUCGAUGUUAUUCAUCCUUUUCCAGAAUCAAAAUUCUCAUUGAAUAUUGUUCAAAAUCGACACCCACCCAUAGGAGAUAUUAAAUUGAGAGAUGAUAUAGUACCAGGUUAUACAGGUCACAUUCCAACUAAAUAUGAACUUUACGGGAAACGAUAUCGUGCCCAUUGUCUCGAUGCCAUUGCUAAUUUUGAAAUAAAUCAGAUGAAAUCUCAUCCACCCGACCCGAAACCCACUUGUGAUGAAUUUCUUGGUUCUCCAUUUCCUUUAAAGUGUACAUCACUCGAUCCUCCAUUAUCGUAUAGUGAUCCAUUAUCAUUACCUCCUGGAUCGUAUAAUCGCGGGCAAAGAGUUCCAGGAAUUGCAACUGGAUGGACACCACACGAUAAACCCGAAAGUUAUCAACCUACAGGUAUCUUAUCGGAAGAAAGACUCGGCCCUAUUUGGCCAGAAUCCAUUCCAAAUAUAGAUUUUCUAGCAGAAAAACCAUAUUUUAUGAGUAAUGCCGAUCCUAGAAAAUUUUUUAUUCCUGGAUAUACUGGAUAUGUCCCGGGAUUGAGAUACACUCGAGGUAUGGCAUAUUCUACUGGUACGAAUCGUUCCCUUUGCAAAUUUACACACGAAAAUGCCAAGUGUAGAACCAUGUUAAAACGACCCGUUCGAGUGGAUUGGAUCGAACCAGUCGAACCACCAUCCGGAAGGACACCAGUAUUGAAGUAUCUUCCAAAUCACGGACUCCCAUUCUUAGAUACGGGUGUUAUGCCAGAUUAUACGGGCCAUAUUCCUGAUGCUGAUAACAUGAAUUCCUCUUUCUUUGUAAUUGAUAAUAAACCAUCAAAUAUUUCAACAUCUGUAAAAAAAGAAAUUUCAUCUGUAUCUAUUCAGAAUGAAACAGAAAAUGGUGUUGAAAAAAAUGACAUAAAUUCAGAUGAGUCCAGCUCUUUUUCUUUGUGA